UGGCGUCUCCUGCUGGGGUGAUCUGGCGCAGAGCGGAGGAGGUGCUUGGCCCGGGCUCCCGCUCCUCCCCUCUCCCUGCGGCCUCCGGGAGGUCGAGCCUGCUUCGGUGGCUUCCAGUAAUAUGUGGAUGUCGCCCAAGAGGAGCAAAAUGGAAGUCGAUGAGACCGAGGUUUUCCGGCCCGAGUGGACCCAGCGUUACCUGGUGGUGGAGCCUCCCGAGGGCGAAGGGGCCUUGUGCCUCGUGUGCCGCCGCCUCAUCGUCGCCACCCGCGAACGCGACGUCAGGCGCCACUACGAGGCCGAGCACGACCACUACGAGCGGUACGUGGAGGAGGGCGAGCGCGCGGCCCUGGUGGAGCGGCUGCGCCAGGGCGAGGUCCCCGAGGUGGCCCAGCUCACCCCCGAGGAGCGAGCGGCUCGGGCAGGCCUCGGACUCGCCCGCCUCUUGGCCUUGAAGGGUCGCGGUUGGGGCGAGGGGGACUUCGUAACCCAGUGCAUGGAGGUGAUGCUGAGAGACGUGCUGCCCGAUCACGUCAGCGUCCUGGACGGCAUCGAUCUGUCCCCGGAGAUCACCCGGCAGAGGGUCCUGAAUAUCGACAAGAACCUUCGCAGCCAGCUGUUUGACCGGGCCAAGGACUUUAAAGCCUACUCUCUGGCCCUGGACGAUCAGGCUUUUGUGGCCUAUGAGAAUUACCUCCUGGUCUUCAUCCGCGGCGUGAAUCAAGAACUGGAGGUGCAAGAAGAGCUGCUGACCAUCAUCAACCUGACUCAUCACUUCAGUGUCGGGGCCCUCAUGGCGGCGAUUCUCGAGGCCCUCCAGACGGCCGGGCUGAGCCUGCAGCGAAUGGUCGGGCUGACCACGACCCACACGCUCAGGAUGAUUGGGGAGAACUCCGGACUGGUCUCCUACAUGAGAGAAAAGGCCGUCAGCCCCAACUGUUGGAACGUGAUCCACUAUUCAGGAUUUCACCACUUGGAGUUACUGAGCUCCUACGACGUGGACGUGAAUCAGAUCGUCAACACCAUAUCGGAGUGGAUAGUUCUGAUUAAGACCAGAGGAGUCCGACGCCCCGAAUUUCAGGGGUUGCUGACUGAAUCCGAAUCAGAGCACGGUGAAAGGGUUAAUGGACGGUGUCUGAAUAAUUGGCUCCGAAAAGGGAAGACUUUGAAACUAAUCUUUUCCCUAAGAAAAGAGAUCGAGGCGUUCUUGGUUUCCAUUGGGGCCACCACGGUCCAUUUCACAGACAAGCAGUGGCUUUGCGACUUUGGCUUCUUGGUGGACAUCAUGGACCACCUUCGGGAACUCAGUGAACUACUGGGAGUGAGUAAAGUCUUUGCUGCUACUGCCUUUGACCAUAUUUGUACCUUUGAACUUAAGCUGAAUUUACUGCAGAGACACAUCGAGGAGAAAAACCUAACCCACUUCGAUGCCUUCAGAGAAGUUGUGGAUGAGCUUCAACAGAAUCUUCAGGAAGAUGAGAAGGUAUUUGAUCCUGAUAGAUAUCAAGUGGUAAUCUGUCGCCUGCAGAAAGAAUUUGAGAGACAUUUCAAGGACCUCCGCUUCAUUAAAAAGGACUUAGAGCUUUUUGCAAACCCAUUUAACUUUAAACCUGAAUACGCACCUAUUUCAGUAAGGAUGGAGCUGACCAAACUUCAGGCGAAUACUGACCUUUGGAAUGAAUACAGAGUUAAAGACUUAGGGCGAUUCUAUGCGGGAUUGUCUGCUGAUUCUUACCCAAUUAUCAAAGGCGUUGCCUGCAAGGUGGCAUCCUUAUUUGAUAGUAACCAGAUUUGUGAAAAGGCUUUUUCCUAUUUAACUCGAAACCAACACACUCUGAGCCAACCACUGACAGAUGAUCAUCUCCAUGCCCUGUUUAGAAUUGCCACAACUGAAAUAGAACCACACUGGGAUGAUCUUGUGAGAGGAAGGAAUGAGUCCAACUCCUAAGUCUAUGUAGUGCCACAUUGAUGCACUCAACAAGAAUCCAGUUCUAAAGUCAAAAUGUUUUUUUUUUCUCAAGUUUACUAAUUUAGAUUGUGCAAAAGCACCAGGUUUAUUCAUAUAAAUUGAUCAGAACUCAGAUUCUUCUGAGUGAUCUAUAUAUUUUUUUCAUCUCAAGAAGCAGCAUAGGACUGAAACACGAGAACACCUUUUAGAAAACUUAAUGAUUGUAGUCAUUUAACGAUAUAGUUGUUUUUAAAGCUACUUAGUGCCCGUAGGUGAUUGAAUUAGAAGUCUGUUUAUAAGGUGUUCUGAAGAAAGUUUAACUCUUACUUUAACUAAUGGUUAAAUUAUACUUUAAAACGAUCCACUCUUUCAAUGUAUGUUUGAAUCAGUCUACAGAAACUUACAGAUCAAGUUGAGAAGUUUCUGAAAAGGAAGAGCAUACAUAUAAAGGAGGUGUUUUGUCUGUUAAAAUGUUUGGGACUUUUUUCAAUUAACAUUUCUGAGUUUGAAGUAAUUGUUGACAGAUUUCCCCCCUCUCCCCUCCCCCCAGUGAUAAUGAUAGUACUGAGAAAGUAACCAAAUACAGUUUUAGUCAGAGGAGCAAGAAUUAAGUUUUAAGUUGCUGGUUUAGAGGCUUUCUGCUCUUUGGAAAUCAGACUGACCAACCACUGGAGAUUUCCCCUGCAUUUUUCACAAUUGGGAGCUGCUUUUGCAGCUGGCCUAUAAAGGACCUUGAUGAUUUGUGGUUCUUCUGGGACUUGAAAGUAAGUAAUUUUAAAUAAACUUUAGAAGUUACUCAGCCGUCCUGGUCACUUGCUUUCCUACCUGCAGACUAUCUUCAUCACCAACCCAAGGAAGAUGGCUCCCAAGUGACAGCUAGUCUGUGUAAACCUUUUUAGAUUUGCUUGAUCUCUUUAUUUUCUUGCUCAAAUGCCUGUCAGCUUAAUUUCUGGGUAACUGGAGUUUUCAGGCUUCUUGGUAGAACUGUAUUCUGACUUAGUCCUUUAAGCUCUUACUUCGAUUUUGUCCAUUAAAAGGGACUAGCUAGUGUUACACUCUUGGUUAAACACUCACUCUGAGGUACAUUAACUCAUUCAAAUGUCUUAGCAGUAACAAUGCUAGUUGUCCUGACAUGCGAUCCCUGCUGCAAAGGUGGGUUUUUAAUCAAUCUUUAGAUUAAUUAAAGAGUUUCUCUAUUUUGUCUUUAUAAUUGAGAAGUGGCCUCAUCCUAACCAAUAUUUGAACUUACAGUUUCUCUGUUCCUUUGCAUUUCUGCUUGUAAAUUGAUGAUUAGUUACUCUCUGUUUAUUAAAAGCAGUCUGUAGCAGUUGUAAGAUAGUUUAUUUUCUCUCUCUUAUCUCUCUUACUUUCUAGUUAAGGGUAGGUUAUCUGUCUUCCAAGUUCGUUCAUGGGACAGUCUGACCCACUUGAUAACAUGAAUCGCCACUUCAAAGUUACUUUCUUCAUCCUCCAGUAGCAGUUUCCCUAGUGCCUGCCAACAAGGCCAGUGUCUGGCUUCUAGGAUGUUUGAGAACAGUUUAGGUAUCAGAAUGGGCCAGGUUGUCAUGCAGCCGUAGCCACACAAUCUCAAUGUCUCACACAGCUUUUCCUCUAGCUCCUUGUCCAGGGGGUUGGCUCUAGGUCCAGAAUCAAGUCAUUAACCCCACAGGUGAAACCUGUUGUGUCUGUUUUCAUAAAGGAAGUUGUUGGAAGGUAGCCUUGCCCGUAUAUUUUCUUUUAGCUUACUAUUUUUACCCUGUAAUGGCAGAAUCUGAUCAUUCUGGCAGUGUUUGAUUGGCAAAAGCAAAAGUACUUAACAUGGCCUUGUACAGACAAAGUUCAUUGAUGUCUGCUGUUAGUAGUACUCAUCCUGGGACCCAGGCUGACCAUGCCAUUUAGGAUGUUGCUCCUCAUUUUGGGAAAAGAAAAAAAUAUAAAAUAAGUUAUAUUCCCUUAAAGCACUUUAAUUAGCCAAAGCAUAUCACAUGGCCACACCAAAGUUCCAGGAGGCGUGUAAUCUUUCCAAGUGUCAGGAAGAAAAACCAGUAUUUGGAAGACAAUGCUGAUUCAUAGUUAUAUCUAGUUCUAUCCCUCUUUAUAAAAUUUCUUUAGAAACAUUUUUAUUGAGGUAAAAUUUACAUUACGCAUGUAAAUAUUAAGUGUAUACCUCUAAAUUUUUAUAUAUGCCCUUAUCAUCAUCACCCAGAUUUAAAAAAAUGAACAUUUCUAUAUCAGUAGGUGUCCUUAUGCCAUUCUCACACGUACUUAACCACUAUUCUGACUUUUUGUCACUAUAGAUUUAUUUGACCUGUUUUAUAACUUUGUGUAAGUGCUAAGAGUUAACAUGUACUCUUGUCUUGUUCAGCUUGUCUGUGAGUCAUCCAUGUUGCAUGUAGCAGCAGUUCAUUUUUUACUUCUGUAUAGUGUGUCAUGUAUGACUACCACAAUUUAUGAAUCUGUUUCUAUUGAUCAAAAUUUUGGUUGUAUCCAGUUUGUGGUUAUGAAUAAAGUUGCUAUGAACAUU